AUGUCGAGACCGAUCUUUCAUCUCAUGUUCAUGCUGAUGAUCGAAGGUGUUUGGAUGACAAUGGUGAUAUGUGAAGUGUAUAACAUCGGUGACUCUGAUGGUUGGACGACUCUCGUUGAUUCUAAUUAUUCCACUUGGGCAUCUCUGAAAGAGUUUCGUGUUGGUGAUAUUCUUUUGUUCAAUUACAACCCAACCAACCACAACGUGAUGCAAGUGAAUCAUGUCAGUUUCGAGUCAUGCAACAUCACAAUGUCAAUGAAAACCUACGAAUCUGGCAACGAUUCCUUCACAAUCACGGCACCGGGCCAUUACUACUUCAUUUGCAGCUUUCCCGGCCACUGCGACGCUGGACAAAAAGUCGAUAUCAGGGUUCUCAAGAAGCAUCCUCUGGCUAUCUCUCCACACACAAACUUCAGCACAUUGACCUCACCAAAGGCAAUUGCAAUGGCACCAGCGCCGGUUGCAAAUGUUGCAACCGACUCUAGAUGUUUGCUUGGAACCACUGUUGUUACGUUAGUAAGUUGUGCUAUGUUGGUUGCUUAG